AUGGCAACUGGAUCCAGGGUAAACAGAGACACACUCCAUGGAGAGACCACCCUAACUUCAGAUGGAGUGAUCGAAAUCAAAGCUAACCACCCUCGACACAGCAGAUACAACCCUGUGACGGGCAACCCAACUGGCCUGCUCGAAUCCAGGAUAGGCCAAACACUGGAGGAAAUAGAAUGCAGGGAGGAAAUCCAAGAGGCCAAAAAGGAGCAGCGGGCGGCGUUGGAGAUACUGACAAAACAACUUUAUCAUGUUGCAAUGUCGCUGGGCGAGCUGAGGGGAAAUGAAGGGAAAAUUCCAGCCACUGUGCAACCACUUGGUCGUGAGAAUACUAGUGAAAUAUCCCUAAGGUCGGGGAAAGUUUACCAAGGCCCCAACCAUUCUGUAAUAUCUCCAGCAACUGAUUCUGGACCAAGCCAUGGAAAAGAGGGAGGAUCCAGUAGAGUGGAUCAAGCGAAAGAAAAGGGCAAGGAAAAGGUAGAAAGACGUGGAGGUGAAGGUGCCACUCUUGACGGCGUUAAAGAGUCCUGGAUUAGUAAAUUCGUCAAAGACUACUUGGCGGGGAAAAUCAACGAGAAAGGGAGACUAAUUACAGAUAAAAAUGUCUCUGUCGUGAUCCAGAGAAGCGACCUCCCCUCCAAGAAGACUGACCCUGGAAUGUUCACGCUCCCCAUCGCGAUCAGGGAUAUUCAAGUAAAGCACGCCAUGUGUGACUUGGGGGCAUCAAUCAACGUUCUGCCAUACUCCAUUUAUCGGAAGCUAGGAGCGGCAAAGCUCGUCAACACUGACAUAAUGAUAUAG